AUGUCCCACUCUGGUGCAGCUACAUUCAAGAAGGUGUCUGGUAUCAUUACAAUUGAAGAAGAAAUAUCGCCUGCGAAACUGUCAUGGAGAGCUACCGAUGGGUCAAAAAGUCAGGUCAUAACACUGAACACAAUCGAUAGACUUCAAGCUACGCAUGCAACGAGUGAUAAAAUGAAGCUUCGUUUGAUAGGAAAAGUCGAUGAAUCAAAAAAAGUCAAAGAUAAUGAAGGCAAUGAGAAACCUGCAGAUCCUAUUACAUUUACAUUUAUAUUCAACAACAGGACAGUCAUGGAUAACAUUAAGGUCACUUUGCAGCAUAUCAUCUCUCGGUAUAAGGAUGAUGAAGUAUAUGAAGAAAAGAGAAGGAAGGAGGGUGAUAGGGAUGUUGGACACACGCAGAUCCCUACACAGCUAAUCAACACAAACACAUUAGAUGAUUCAUUGUCAAAAAUAAAACUGCUGUCAAAUUUGAAAUUACAGCAGUCGUUGUUGAAGGAAAGCAAAGAGCUGAUGGCAACUUUCAAAGAGACCGUUAUAAAUGCUGGUCUGCCGGCAGAUGAAUUCUGGUCAACAAGAAUUCCUACAUUGAGGGCAUAUGCCUUAUCGAUAUCACAAAAAGUGGGUCCGUAUAAUGUUCUUUCUACGAUCAAGCCUGUAGCGUCCUCGGAUAAUAAAGUGAAUGUGAACAUUUCCAGAGAAAAAAUAUUGAGCAUUUUUCAAAACUAUCCCAUUGUCAAGAAGGCAUAUACCGAUAAUGUUCCUAAAAAUUUCAAAGAACCAGAGUUUUGGGCUAGAUUCUUCUCAUCGAAGCUGUUCCGUAAACUUAGAGGAGAACGUAUAAUGCAAAACGACAGAGGUGAUGUCAUUAUAGAUAGGUAUUUGACAUUAGAUCAAGAAUAUGAUAGGAAAGAUGAUAUUGCUCUUUUACAUCCAGUUAAAAAGCUUAUUGAUUUGGAAGGUAACACACAGGAUGAUCCAGUUCUCAAAGGAAACAAGCCAGAUUUUACAAUGCAACCUGGUGUUGAUUUCAAUGGCAAUAGUGAUGGAACGAUAGGUAUACUAAGAGGAAUGAACAGACUGAGUGAAAAAAUGAUUAUGUCACUUGAAAAUGAGUAUUCACGAUCGCAACUGCAGCAGGAAGAUAAUGAUCUUGAAGAGAGAGACGAAUUGCAGUUUUCAGAUCUCAAAGAGGCUUUUCAUGAGGAUUAUGCGGUUUUCAAUUUGAAGAAUAAAUCUGCAGAAGGUUCGUCUGAAGCAAAGGACUUUAUCAAAAAGACUAAGAGCAAGGAGCAAUCAAUUGAUAAGGCAAGAGUUACACAACAAAUUUCACUUGUACUGGACAGUUUAUCAAAUAAAUUAGAUCUGUCACAGGUUGCUCAAUCUAACAAAAAUAAUAAUGAUAUCAAUCAGCGCGUGAUAGCAGCUGUGAAAAUCAACGCCAAACAAGCCAAGCACAAUAAUGUCGAUUCGAUCCUUGGCUCUUUCGUAGGUGUUAACGCAGGCGAAUCCGAGGCGGAAUCUAAGUUACCACCGGAUCUACUCGAAAGUUGUCGAAUGUUACAUAGUACCUGCUGUGAAUUCUUGAAACAUUUUUAUCUUCAUUUCCAUAGCACUGAAUCAAAAAAGCAGGUAAUGGCAAAGAAAUUGCAAAAAAACCUAAAAGAAUGUUCUGAAAAAAUCACCGAAUUGUUGGAUGAUGUUCAAAAAGGUGACGGUGAAAUAAUGGCAGGCUUAUGCAAGACAUAUUUACAUCCUGUCAUGGAUUCCAUCACACUUGCCAUCCAUAAAUUCAAUGAGAGCAGAAAAAAAGAAUGA